GGGGAGACUAAAACGAGUCCCACCCCUUCUCUCUCUCUCUCUCUCUCUCUUUCUUCCUCUCCCUCUCCCUAAGACCCUCACUCCCUCGACGUGCCGACCGGGGCUUUUGCGUCUCGAACGGACCAUCUCUUUCGUACGAUUUCUGAUUUAUUUUCUGACCGAUAAAUUUUCUCCAUCCGUUCUCAUUCUCAUUCUCAUUCCCAAGAUCUUGACCAUCAAUCCCCGGGGACUCUUACACCCCACUUUCGUUGCCAACCAGCCGCUAAGCGACACGGAAGACGAUCGUCUAGCGCCGACCCGACCGACUGAUUGACUGGCCGCUCCUAUACCACUACCACUACGGUGUUUCGCGCCUAAAGCUGGACUGUCUGUCCCUUCUUCCUCCCACUUUGUCUCUCUCUCUCUCCCUCUCCAAUUAUCUCGAGGUAAGUCUGCAUUAACUCCUCCUCUCCUGCUUUUCUUGCGCCUUUCUGGGGCGACCGCUUUUUGUUUGCCUUUCCCCCCUCCCCCUGGUGCUACCACCUCUUUGCUGGCUGGCUGGCUCGCUCGCUCUACCGCCUCCUCUCACCUCCCUCUUCCUCCAGCGUCUGAGUGUGCACUUGUCUCUUCUGUUAUCUUUGGUCUUGUUUCUUUCCUCGAAUUGCGAUCUAGAACUUAUUUACCACACGCUUUUGCCAUGCUUUAACCCGAAUCGAGCGCGAUGUCCUGCUAUCUUCUGAUCGGAAAUGCUCAUGUGGUCGUUCCCAGGCCGACAUAAACAACUUCCCCGUCGUGGCUCUCCUGAAAACUGCCUCCGCCUUGCCCAACGCUCAACCCCUCCCGCUAGUGUGCGGCAUCUGGCUGCACUGGCUUUUAGUCCCCCGACCGAGUACAUGUGGCUGUUCGAUUAGGCCGCGACAAUGAAGGGCUUCAGACAGAGAGUGCACGAGCAGUUGUCGAGGGCCAAAGAUGCGAAUAAAUCCUCUAAGAAGAAAGACGCUCAGAAUCAAUCGUCGCUGGGGGUUCAGCAUGGCCAACAGUCCUCGUCCCCGAACCAGGGCACUCCCACCUCCUCCUCGACGUCCGUGAACGAUGCGAGGAAAUCGCCGGAUAAUGCUGCACAGGCCGGGGCGUAUCCCCCGGGUCAGUACUAUGUUCAGCAGGGUGCGGGAGCGGCCGGUCAGCCCGUGAAUAAUGGGGCCCCUGGGACUCCGACAAAGCAAGGACAACAUGUGGCCCCCAGCGUGGUCAUUAGUCCUAGCGCGCCGCAUGUCCCCCCGCCCGGUGCCGCCGAGACGAUGCCGGGAGAUCUGGCUCCCCCGCGAAAGUCCCACGUCUUCGAUCGCCUCCAGACGACCCCCAAGGAUAUGUCCGAAGGCAUUCGGACUCCCAAGCGUCAACAUUCGUCGCGAUUCGACAUCUCCGACCAACGUCAGCGGGAGCUGGAGAAACUUCCCGGCUUCCACGAAGUGCCCCCUAACCGGCGCCAAGAACUGUUCAUGCAGAAGAUCGAUCAGUGUAACAUCAUUUUCGAUUUCAACGACCCCACUGCGGACAUGAAAUCCAAGGAGAUCAAGAGACUGGCGCUCCACGAGCUCUUGGAUUACGUCGCCAAUAACCGCUCGGUCAUCACCGAACCCAUGUAUCCUCGAGUGGUGGAAAUGUUCGCCAAAAACCUGUUCCGACCGAUCCCCCCGCCCGUGACGCCUCAGGGAGAGGCCUUUGAUCCGGAGGAGGACGAGCCGGUUCUGGAAGUGGCCUGGCCCCACAUACAGGUUGUGUACGAGUUCUUUUUGAGGUUCAUUGAGAGUCAAGACUUCAACACGAACAUCGCCAAGGCCUACAUUGAUCACCAUUUCGUGCUCCAGUUGCUGGAGCUGUUUGACUCCGAAGAUCCUCGGGAACGCGAUUUCCUCAAGACUACCCUGCAUCGCAUUUAUGGAAAAUUCCUGAACCUGCGAUCAUAUAUCCGUCGAUCCAUCAACAACGUUUUCUUCCAGUUCACAUACGAAACAGAGCGAUUCAACGGUAUCGCGGAACUGUUGGAAAUCCUGGGGUCGAUCAUCAACGGGUUUGCUCUUCCUCUCAAGGAGGAACACAAACUCUUCUUAACAAGGGUCUUGCUUCCCCUGCACAAAGUUAAGAGCCUCAGCAUGUACCACCCUCAGCUGGCUUAUUGUAUUGUCCAAUUCCUCGAGAAGGAUUCGUCUCUAACGGAAGAGGUUGUCCUCGGCCUGCUGCGCUACUGGCCCAAGGUCAACAGUACCAAGGAGGUUAUGUACCUGAACGAAGUGGAGGAUAUCUUUGAGGUUAUGGACCCGGCCGAGUUUGCGAAAGUCCAGGAGCCCCUGUUCCAGCAGCUCGCCAAAUCGGUUGCAAGCCCCCACUUUCAGGUCGCCGAGCGAGCACUCUACUUCUGGAACAACGAAUACUUCUGUAACCUGGUCAGCGACAAUGUCGAUACUAUCUUACCCAUCAUGUUCCCUCCCUUGUACGAGAACUCGAAGGGUCACUGGAACAGAACUAUCCACAGCAUGGUGUACAACGCUAUGAAGAUGUUUAUGGAGAUCAACCCCCAACUUUUCGAUGAAUGCUCGCACGACUACAACGAACGGCAAAAUAGCGCCGAGCAACGCGAACGAGCUCGACAAAGCCGUUGGGAGAAGGUCGCUGAGCGGGCAAAGGAUAGACAAAACGGCAUUGCUCCACCUCCGUCGUCUGUGGAGGUUUCAGCUCAGGUGGACGAGGUCGAAUCCCUCACCAACGAUAGCCAGAAGCGUCUGCAUGCUUUAAAGCUGGAUGAGACCGGUACGCCAAUUGAGAGAAGGGCUACCGGGGGAUCGCAAGCGUGAUUCUAACGUCAAACGUCCGUAAUACUCCAGAGACGGCGCCGAGGUUCCAUCGAUGGUCCCAGGAGGCGAAGAAGUGGUAGCGGCAGUGAGAUUCGACCGCGACGAAGAUCGGUUGGCUCAGGUGCCGUAACGAUCUUGUCACGAAGCAAUUCCACCAAGUGACAAUCGAAUUUAUGGCAUUUUACUCGUUAGACUUUCCACUACGACGGUAUUAGCGAUUGCGAGCUGCGAUGAAGUAUAUUUGACUCUUCUUCUUGGGUUUUGAUCCAAAAAUCGCUUGUUCGUCUUUUCUCUUUUCUCUUCUUUUUUUUCCUUUUCCUCCCACCCCUUUCCACAUUUCAUCCUCCAAUUCUUCCCCAUCUUCUUUUCACGUUUUCUCUUUCACCACUUCCCUUGAAUUCCCUUUUGUGUACAUGGCUAUCAAUAUUCUUCUCUCCGCGUGCAGGGUCGUGCUGAGCCCCUGUUUCCAUGUGGACGUUUUUAAGUUGGACUAUUAGAACUGUGUUCGGGGCUGGAAAACGGGUGCGAAUGGCGUUUCCCUCGGUCGAUAUUGAAAUCGAUGACCUCAUUUGAGUUUUUACACAUGAAGUAUUUACGGCAUAGCCUUGAACCAGAGUCAAAACAUUUC